CUUCAGCGCAUGCGUACUCGUCAUUGUUUCCACAUCGGCGGCCAGUAAACAUGGCUGGCCUUCAUCUCCGGCGGUGGACUCAGGCUGUCGCAAAGGGGAAAGGCUUUGGGAUUUCAGGCAUUUUGUCAGGAUGUAGAGCAGCCUCAAGCAUGGGUAAAGGCAGCCUACCCGGUGCGUAUCCGAAAACACCAGAGGAGAGAGCAGCAGCUGCAAAAAAGUACAAUAUGAGGGUUGAGGAUUAUGAACCAUUUCCCGACAAUGGCGAAGGCUUUGGUGACUAUCCAAAACUACCUGAGAGGUCUCAGCAUGAGAGGGACCCGUGGUACAAAUGGGAUCAUCCUGACCUGAGAAGGAACUGGGGAGAGCCGAUUCCUUGGGAUUUUGACAUGUACAUCCGGAAUCGUGUGGAUACAUCACCAAGCCCUGUGCCCUGGUCUACAAUGUGUAAACAUCUGUUUGGCUUCAUUGGGUUCAUGCUGUUUAUGUUCUACAUUGGGGACAAAUUUCCUGCCUACCAACCCGUUGCUCCAAAGCAAUAUCCAUACAACAACCUGUACUUGGAGAGGGGAGGGGAUCCCGAGAAAGAACCGGAGGAAGUAAAAAAUUAUGAAAUUUAAGACUAAAAUACACAUAUUCUUCUGUACAUAUUCCUGUCAAGAAUAAAACCCAAUAAACUGA